GGAAAACCGAAGGGUUAUUUGAGCUGGUGGCCAGAGCUAAACUAAGUUUGUUCGAGCAACGCACAUUACGAACAACGUGUUUAAGAUAACUUUUUGCCAGGAAUAUAUACACAUUAAUCCAAUCUGUUUUACUAUUUCUUUUGCAUGCAGUUAGGUCGUAUAAACCCGAGCACCCUGAGACAUGGGCGAGGCGACAACACAACGCAACUUUGCGACUCUACAAGAGGAGUUGGGCUUUUGGAGGGAGGAGGCAAACGUACACCAGCAGAGGGCAGAUGAAGCUCAGGAGGAGCUGCAAGAAUUUCAGCAGAUGAGUCGAGACUAUGAAGCAGAAUUGGAAGCCGAGCUGAAGCAGUGUGAAGUUCGGAACAAGGAAUUGUUGCAGGAUAACAGCAGGCUCCGUAUGGAACUGGAAAACCUUAAGGAGAAAUUUGAGAGCCAGCACACUGAUACUUUUAAGCACAUCUCCACCCUGGAGGAAACUCUGGCAGAGACGACAGCGGUCAAAGAUCACCUGCAGAAAUAUAUCAGAGAGCUAGAACAAUCCAAUGAUGACCUUGAGAGGACCAAAAGGGCUACCAUCAUGUCUCUCGAGGACUUCGAGCAGAGGAUGAACCAUGUCAUUGAGAGGAAUGCUUUUCUUGAGAGUGAGUUGGAUGAGAAGGAGAACCUGCUUGAGUCUGUUCAGAGGCUCAAAGAUGAAGCCAGAGAUCUUCGCCAGGAGCUAGCGGUGCGUCAGAAGGAAAGGCGACCAUCCAGCAGCAUGGGCAAAGACCUGGAUCGAUCGGACCUGCCGUGCCCCUCCGCUAAUAACCCCCCGACCCCUGUCACCCCUUCCAAACCUUCCAGCUCGUUCGCCACCCCUCUUGUAUCCAGCAUCCGGCGAGGUGAUGGACUAACAGGGACUCCUCUUACAACAUCUGCAAGAAUAUCUGCACUGAACAUUGUUGGGGAGCUGCUGAGAAAAGUUGGGAAUCUGGAGUCCAAGCUGGCCUCAUGUCGUGACUUUGUAUACGACUCAUCGAAUACACGGCUGGUGCUGCCAGCUGCCCCCGCUAGUCCUUGUGGGCUAGACGGUGGGGCUGAAAUCCAUGCUAGCAGCAUGAGUCCUCCUCCACAGUAUGACAGCUUAGUGAAGCGGCUAGAAUUUGGACCAGCACCUCCACGAGGUGUCUCUCAGGGUGCUCAGUCUCCAAAGGGAGGAGUCAAGAUGUUGCUGUGAGAAUCCUGCACCUCCUAACUUCACCUCGCGCCAACUCCUCUCCCACCACCCAACAACAUCAGAACUUUGAACAUCGAGCUUAUUGAACCUGAAACCCGCUUUCUUUGCUUGCCGCUCCACAUGAUAUGUGGAAUUCUGCUGCCUCAGAGUCACCUGUAUCACACCAUAUCAUGGGAUGAGGCACAACACGAAUGCGUAACGUCCACUUUCCCUCUUGUCCAUGUGGUGAGGAGCUUCAAAACAACACUGUAUUGACUUACUGCCUGGCUGUGAUGGUGGAUCACUCCCAGGUAGCAAAUAUUCCAGACAUGUAAAUGGCCCUAAUUUCAGGACUGUUCAAUGAACUAAAUUAACAACACUAGGUUGUUGUUUUGAGUACAAACCAAAGCUGUGAUGAGGGAAAUACAUUCAUAUUUUUUUUCAAUAAUACCUCAUUUAAUAAAUAUUUGAUGCUUU